CGUUUGGCAGGCGUGGGGAGUGGACGUGCGCUGCUCUGGGCUGUCCGCGCGUUCGAGUAAAUUCUUGCCCAAAAAUCCUUCGGUUGGAUAAAUUGUGAUAAAGGAGGUGUUUUAAGUUAAGGGAAGCAGUCUGUGCUAGUGGCUGUUGAUGUUAUAUCUGAUUUAUAAGACCGGUGUGGGGAACAAGUUUUUCUCUCAAGAAGUUUAGUAUCGCGUACUACACCUUAGCUGAACAUCUCAGUAGAGAGAGAUUAUUCUUCAGUUGUGUUUAGCGUCCAUUAGACUUGCCUUCAGGUUUAAGAAUGGAUUAUGUAAUGUGGUGCAGUGGUGCUCCGCGGUGUUGAUGGGCGGGCGUGGGCGGGAGCAGCGCCCCCCGCCGCACAAUGUGUGAGUGUGGCUCCAAAGACUACGCCCCGGGCCCGGUCCGCCGGCCCGCGCGGGUGGACCACCAGACGGGCCACUCCGCGGGCCGCCCAUACCGCCGGAGAGGAGGGAUGUGGCCCUGUUGUGGGCGGGGAGUGGGCGUGAGUGUUCUAGUCUUACUGGUGGUGUUGUGUGUUGCGUGUGGGGGGGCGGGGCACCGGACACACAGGGCCAGCGGUGCCACUGAGCCCGACCUCCUCACCGACAGUAUAGUGGCACAGUUUUGGACAGCUAAUCAGAGUUUACAACUACAACACAUGGUGUAUAAUAGGGACGCAGGUGUUCUGUAUGUCGGGGGAACCAACAGACUGUGGGCCCUGGAGACUGGCGCACUUAACCUGGAGGCGAGGGUGGAGACAGGGCCCAGGUUCGACUCCCCUUGGUGCCACGCUUCUGGCUGUGGACAAGAGAACCGCGUGAAGCAAGUCCUCACCGACAACGUGAACAAAGUGCUGGUACUAGACCCUGACGCGUCUACGCUCAUAAUGUGCGGAUCUGUGUCUCAAGGAGCGUGUGAAAAGUUCCGUACCGCUAAUCUGUCCCUGACGCCAGAGUUCCUACCCCGCUCCGUGGCUGCCAACGAUCCCGACUCCUCAACUUUCGCCUUCGUGGGCCCCGAGCAUUACAACCAGUGGGGCGGGUCUUCGGCACUGUACGUGGGCACCACCUUCACUACCGUCGGGGAUUAUCGCCACGAUGUCCCGGCGGUCUCCACAAGAAACCUCUACGACUUGGAUUACGCCGAAUUUUCAUUUUCAAAACAGUCUCUUCUCCGUAUCGACGUGAAGUACCGCGACCACUUCUUGGUGCAGUAUGUGUACGGCUUCAACGCCAGUGACUACGCUUACUUCGUGACGGUGCAGAAGAGGUCACAUCUGCCGGGCCAGGAGGAGUCUGGAUACAUUUCCCGGCUGGCGCGGACCUGCAUCACGGAUGCCAAUUACGACUCGUACACAGAGAUCACCUUGGAAUGCCAAGGCAGCGACGGCACUAACUACAACCUGGUGCAGGACGCCAAGCUGGUUAGUGCCGGCAGCGACCUGGCCGCCAACAUGGUCAUUGGGGUCGGAGAACCUAUAUUAAUAGCGGUGUUCGCUCCGUCCCAAGGCCACACGGCCAGCCCCGAGGCCGCCUCCGCCGUCUGCGCCUACUCCGUGCACGACAUCGAAGCCAAAUUCAACGAGAAUAUUCACAUGUGCUUCAACGGGUCGAUGCUGUACCGCAGCAUGGAGUACGUCUCUGGCCCCAUCCUCAACGGGAAGUGUCCCGCUGCAGGGACGAUGGGGAAUAUAUACAACUUCUGCGAGGUGGGUCUGAAGAUCUCUGGGGUGUCGCCCCUUCACGCCCGCGCCGCCCUCGUCUACCACACCACCAGCUUGACCGCCGUGCAGGCGGCCACCACCGCCCACCACACUGUUCUCUUCAUGGGCACAGCCUCCGGCACACUCAAGAAGAAUAAUGGAGGAGUUGGUCUUGCGGGCUUCAAGAUCUUCCAGCCUGAAGAUCAAGCUUUUAUAAUUGACAAAAUGGUGUUUCGUCUCGUUAGAUUCUUCAUAUUGGGGGAGUUCAGUGAAUAUUUGUGUACCUAUCUCGAUGGCCAGAUUAAUUUUGUGUUGUGCGAUGGGCAUGCCAUUCUUGCUAUGACUCCAGAUAAAUUAUAG